AUGUGCCACGACGUGAUCUCCUGCCUCAACGAGUCACGACAGUUGCGACUUGCGGCAUGGCCGAAAAGCCUUCACCACAUCUGGCACGGCCACUUCUACAAGUGCGAGAAGUGCCGUUUGGGCAAAGCUGCGCCGCCCGGCCUGGAACACAGCCUACUACCAGGAGAAUGUCAUCAUGGACGAUAUCCAACAGCUGAUGGCAAGCGGCCCAGAAAGAAUCCUGAGGCACCAUCUUCCAGCCCAAUCAAUGACUGGAAGAAACCAGCCAGAAAUUCCCCCAUGGAAGAUGUGACCCUGGAACUACCUCAAGCAGUUUCUCUUGGUCCAGCAGCACGAGUCUAUUGGAAAGUGGCACUUUUCCAGGUGAUCCAAGAUGCUCUUGCCGUCUUCAGCGAAGCCACCGACAUCGGCAAGGACUAUGUCAAACAUUGGACCAUGGAUGAACCACAAGAUCUUUCCAUUUGCAGUCAGCGACAGAUCUUUGAGGCUGUCGACAUAGAUGCAUGGCAGAUCACACUAUUUGACAAAGAACUUGGCGACGGAGGAAAGCGCAGUGAUUCAGUGGCCAAAUCGGCCCCAAGAACACCAGCUCCAAUCACUCCAGGAACUGUAGCACCAUCUACACCUAUGCCAACAAGAUCUUCAUCAUCCUCUACUCCAUUGCCACUACAGCCAGCACCUGCUACACCCAACGAUCAUGAUCCACUACCAGACAUAUCAGCUGAACCUCUGCCAGCACAACCUCCAGCUGAACAUGAACAAGAUCAACCACGAGAUGAUGAAGAACCCUACGAAAUCGAGGAGUUCAAACCACGGCAGUUGACAUCGAACAAGCCGUUGUACGACUUCAAGAAGGUUUUCCAACGUCUUCCACAACUUGCCAAGGAAAAACCAGACACAGCAGCCAGACUUCUUCUUGGACUACAUGAAAAAUACUGGCAUGCUCCACCAUCAGAUCUGCGCAACCUCUUAGCAAGAGCUGGAAUGCCUGUCGAAGUCCUGAACCUGGUCAGCGAUGCCGUGAUGAAGUGCUCCAUUUGCCGACGGUAUGUUCGUCUACCCAACAGGCCUCAAACCAAGAUCAACAACGCUGGCACCUUAUAUCAGUGCGUUCAAGCUGAUCUUUUGAACUUUCCUCAUGGUGGACGAAGCCACGCGCUACAAGAUCGCAGUGGCGACGAACAGUCGGGAAUCCCAAGAACUACAACAGAAACCCCUGGAGCACUGGAUGCGAUACUUUGGGAGGCACCAUUGCUGAGCCACCAGGCAGCCGCUGAGUUUGAGCGCCUGAACAUCGAGCGCAAACCCAAGGGAACUACAGCUGGCCCUGCUGGAUCUCAGCACACAGGCACGGGCCUUGUCGAGAGACAUGUUGGCGUCAUGAAGUUGACCAUGUUGAAGCUGAAGGCCGAGCUCGACCGACAGGGCAUCAUUUGCGAAACUGAUGACAUUGCCAUGGAACCAGCGAUGGCCCACAACUCCACGCUCAACUACGGAGGUGUCACACCAGCUAUGGCAGUCUUUGGCAUUUUGCCACGUGGCUUCUACAACGAGGAGUCCUCUGGUAUCAUGUCAGUUGCUGGAGCUCUACAAACUGACCUCGGCACCUUUGAGAAAGCUGUGCGAAUGAGGGAGAUUUCUUUGUCAGCAGUUCAACAAGCUAUUGUGGAGGACAGAACGGCACGAGCCCGACGAACCAGACGUCACCGCCUCAACACAGCAGAGCUAGUGGCUGGAACAUCAGAAGCCGACUUCAAUCGAGAAGUUCGUGGCGACGUUGGUUGGCGUGGACCGGCCCACUUGUUACGACUUGAUCCAGAUGAAGGAGCCGACCAUACUUGGUGUCCAUCCGCCACAGCAGAUGUCCAGACCUUUCUCUCCACCAACACCACGCUGUGCCUGAAUGAUGCGGCGGAGAAUGAGAUCAUCGACAUCAUGAAGGUCACAGAAAUGGUGGUGAUCAUUUUGGCCAGCUUUGACAAGCUCUUGGUGGUGUCUUCAUCUUUGACUACCAGAUCUCCAUCAGGCAUGAUCUAUGGCAGAGCAAUGAAGGUUAUCAAGCCGCCUCGAGACACCACUGGCUACUUGGUCACUUGGAACAUUGGCAGCGUCAAGUACCACAUCCAAGAACACUGGAAUGCUGACACCAUCAAAAUGAAGAAUUUGCCAUUUGAGAAGUCAGAAGACAUUUGUGCCAUCUACAUCUUCUACCACGCCUCCAACCAAGAGAAGAGCACUCAACUUGAUUUGAAGAAAUCAACAGCAUCAAGAAUGGAUACAAAGUCCACAACCAUCGACUCCAGCCAGACCAACGACAAAAACAACUCCAUGGCCAUGGACGACACAUCCAUGCCAGAUGACUCUCAACAUCAAGGUCUCAAACGAGAAGGCCCUGACUCAAGAACAGUUGUCAUGGCGCCAGAAAAGAAACGAAUGCGAUUGGACUAUUGGUCAUCGCGCUCCAUCUUCUACAACUCCUCUGCCAUUCACCACCUGAUGAAUUGCCGCCGAAAGAUCAAAAAUGACUUUCCCGACAGCUGGAUCGGCACUCAGCUCUGGAGUGACAAUCUCACGGCUGAAAGACUGUUUGCUGACUCUUUGCAACAUCGUCAACAACAGCGCAGCGAUUUGCAGAAUCACGAAUACCUUUUCCACAUCGGUUCCAGUCAAAACGCCAUCCUGAACGUGGACCUCAGAACUUCAAAAGUUUACCGUGUGGACACUGAGCGCGAUGACAUCAACGAGGAUGACGUCCACGGCAUUUGGAAACAAGUUGAGGAGGCCGAUGCGGCCGAGGUUGCACAUUUUGUGCAAGAGCGUGUUUUCCAGAAGCUGCACAAGGAUGCGUUCACACAAGACCACGUGAUCAUCGAUGCACGAUGGGUUCGGAAGUUCAAGAAGAUGGCCAACGGCACCAAGAAAGUGAAGAGUCGCUUGUGUGCACGUGGGUGCCUUGACAAGCAGAAGGAUUUGCUCACAACAAGAUCUACCACGGCAACACGCCUCAUCCAGCGUUUGCUUCUCAGUGUUGCGGCAGUUUUGGACCUCAACGUGGAGUCCUGGGACAUUGGUGGAACAUUUUUGAAAGGACGUAUGCUCCUGAAGAUGGGCAUCAACAGUCCGGUGAGAGCAGUUGUUGUGCUUCCUCCUCCAAACGUUUGGUGCCACCUUGCAGCCAUGUCCAGCGACUUCAAGGCCAACGACCCAUCCAUGUGGGGUCUUCUGUGCUUGAAACCCAUCUACGGACUCAACAAUGCAUAUUUGGCAUGGCAAUUUUGCAGCACCGCAAGAUUUGUUGGAUCAACUGAUCAACACUACAAAGCCUUCGUGGGGAAGUUCAAGAAAGUCAGUCGACAGACUCUGCCGAUCGAACAUUGCGGAGCACGUUAUGAAAAGAUGCCCGAUGGCUACCGCAUGGUGCAGAGCGUGUUUUGUGCCAAGAUGAUUCCUGCGAAGAUUGGUGCUGAUCGCAAGGAAAAGGCCUACGCUCACGAGGGUGUUUUGGUCCUCUUGAUGGAAGACCACAUCAAGCCCAAGGAGGGCCAGUAUGACGACAAGAAUCAGCGCAUCUAUGUGCUGUCACUUCGUGAAUCACGUCUUGCAGGACGACGCAUCAGAUGGAUGGCCCUGGUUCCACCACGAUCCAUGGUGGCUGACGCCCUGACCAAGCCGAUGGUGUCAGUUCAGAUGAUGACACUCCUCACGACUGGUCGCUUGGUCAUUGAGAACGAGGGGACACACCAUGUUCAGAUGAAAAGGUUGCCACCGAAGUAUGAAAUUGAGGAAAGCGAUUUGACGCAAGAUGAUGAAUCGCUGAUCAAAGAGUUUGAGCACCACAGCCACAAUUUGUGGUGGACCCCGAUGAUGGCACCGGUGAAGCGAGGCAUUUUGCCUAUCAUGACUUUGAUGGUUUUAAAUGGGUUGCGUCUUGCACAAGCAGCAGGCGAAACAGAGCCGGAACGUGACGGCACCAUUUUUCACAUCAUGACCGAUGAGCCUAGACAAGCCGGUCGCCUAUGGGAGACUCCAGAGCAGACCGCUCACAGUGCGCUGGAGAUGCGUGAGAAAAAACUUCAAGAUGAUUUAAACUAUGCCAUGAGCGAGAUCACACGAAUCAAGCAGACUGCGCAGAAAGACAAAGCGCAGUACAUGAAGAGGAUCGCAGACAUCCAAAAGGAAAACGAUACGCUGAAAGCACGACUUGGCGAACCUGGUGCACCGAAGAUGACCACGGAACACAUCUCGAACGAGCUGUUCUUCAUUGCGCUCCCAAUGACCCAUCGUGGGGAUUACGAAGCAGACGCUGCUAGCGCGGCUCUAGCUCCCUACCGUCCAGGCACGGCAGCCUGGGAGAACCAUGCACAGUUCGUCACCAACUUGACGGAUCGGAACUUUGAGGCGUUGGUAGCCCGUGGCGAAGGAACGCCCUGGGCUGUGAAGUUCUAUGCCCCCUGGUGUGGGCAUUGCAAGGCGGCCUUAAAACUGGCCCAAGGAACCUUGUUGGCGGAAACCCGGCAAAACCCGGCGGAACUGAACUGGCAAAGCCUGGAACCCAGCGGAACCUAG